UUUUCUCUGAUUAGUUCAUUAGGUUCCUUUGUCAUGAUCCACACUGCAUCAUCAUAAAACCUCACCGGUAUUUGCUGUUUGUUGUUGUAUUCUUCUGUUACCUGCUCCACUCCUUGUCUUGCUCUCCCAGCUUCAUUUUUUUUGGACAGGCCACAAGAGGAAGAAUGGAACAUCGGUGGAAAUCCCAUGGCUGUUAGACGACGGAGAGGAUUCAGGAACUGAUCAGGAAAUAAAUUCCACCUUCAGAUAUUGCCCAAGAAAAGGAACCCCUGCGCUCGCGCCGUGGACCAUUCCUCCGUUCAUCUACAUCCAGACGAGGUGUGAACAGCGCACAGCGCCAGACGGACCAGAGUUGUUGGCUGGUGUGGAUUCACAGCGGAGCGCCCAACUCGCGGACUCUGUACAACGCAACUCCGGCACAGAUGGAUAUUUACGUAGCUCUGUUGUUGUUUUUCCUUUUCACCAAACCAGCUUUUGGUUUCGGAUCAGAUCAAGAUUACCAGAUUGAUAUAAUCAGCGAACUUGACCUGGCAAAUGCCACUUAUGGAAUUACCCAAGUGGCUGGACUUCACAACGGCAGCAAAGCCUUCCUGUUCCGAGAUGUUGGGAGGGCAGUUCACGCCCCACCACACAUCACAGAAAGAGUGGUGCAACUGUUCAGGAGUAAAAGUGAAUUCACCUUCUUGGCCACCAUCCAGCAGAAGUCCUCCACAUCGGGAGUCAUAUUCUCAAUCCACGAGUCAGAGCACAGUUACUUUGAGCUGGAAAGCAGCGGUGUGAGAGAGGAGAUCCGCUACCACUACCGCUUUAAGGGCAAACCACGAUCUGAGUCAUUCCCCUACCGGCUUGCUGACGGACAGUGGCACAAGAUCGCCCUCACCAUCAGCACUUCCCACCUCCUGCUGCACGUCGACUGCAACAGGAUUUAUGAGCGGGUGAUAGACCCUCCUCAGAUGGAGCUUACCUUAGGCAGUGGAGUGUGGCUAGGCCAACACAGCCACAAGCACGGCUUGUUCAAGGGAGUUAUUCAAGAUGUGAAGCUGAUCUUUGCUCCAAAUGGCUACAUCACACAGUGUCCAAAUCUUAACCGCACCUGUCCCACCUGCAGCGAUUUCCUGAGCCUGGUGCAAGGCAUCAUGGACCUGCAGGAGCUCCUCGCCAAGAUGACCCUGAAGCUGAACUAUGCAGAGUCGAGACUCACCCAACUGGAGGGCUGUCACUGCGAGAGGACCUGCAGCGCCAACGGCCUGGUGUACCGGGACAAAGAGCUGUGGGUGGAGCCGGAAAACUGCAGGAACUGUGCUUGUAAGAACGGUGUGGUAGAGUGUCGCAGGAUCUUCUGUCCUCCAGCUAAUUGCUCAGAUGACAUGUUGCCUGUACAUGUUGAUGGGACUUGCUGUAAAACGUGCCGACCUAAGUGUACCUACAUGGGACAGACUUUUUCGGAGGGUCAACGCUUUCUUUCCAGGACUUGCAGGGAAUGCAAGAAUGGCUUGAUGGUGAAAGUUACAGAAACAUGUCCGGAGAUUAACUGCACCACCGGUGAGCAGAUCUUACCAGAGGGCAGAUGCUGCAAUGUUUGCAGAGGUUAUGACUUCUGCGCAGAGGGACUCAUUUGUGGAGAAAACUCGGAGUGUAAAAACAGGAAUACUAAAGCAGAGUGUGAAUGCAAGAGCGGCUAUGCCUCCAUCCACGGGGACUCUACUUAUUGUGAAGAUAUUGAUGAGUGUGCAACACAGAUGCAUUACUGCCAGUCCAAUACGAUGUGUGUGAACCUGCCUGGAAGUUAUCGCUGUGACUGUCUACCGGGUUUUACCAGAGUGGAUGAAUACUCCUGCACUGAGCACGAUGAGUGUGCCAGUGGCCAAAGCUUGUGUGAUGAGAAUGCCAUCUGCACCAACACCAUCAGAGGACAUCUGUGUACCUGCAAGCCAGGCUAUGUGGGGAAUGGCACCAUAUGCAGAGCUUUCUGUGAAGAUGGUUGUCGGAGUGGAGGGACCUGUGUGUCUCCUAACACGUGUGUUUGUCCUUCAGGAUUUACAGGACGCCGCUGUGAAACAGAUAUAGAUGAGUGUGCAGAGGGCCUGAUCGAGUGCCACAACCACUCCCGCUGUGUCAACCUACCUGGCUGGUACCACUGUGAAUGCAGAAGUGGUUUCCAUGACAAUGGAUCCUACCAGCUAGACGGAAGCUCCUGCAUUGACAUCGAUGAGUGCACUUUGCAGACACACACCUGCUGGAAUGAUAGUGUGUGUGUAAACCUCCCAGGAGGCUAUGACUGCAUGUGCACAUCUGGUCCAGGCUGCAGCGGAAACUGCCCACAAGACGAAGUUAUAAGACGCAAUGGAGAAGACUGGAAACCCAACUAUGAUCGCUGUGCUCUGUGCUCCUGCAAGGAUGGACAGACGUUCUGCAGGAGGAAACCCUGUGACUGUGCAGACCCAGAUGAAGAUCUGUUUUGCUGUCCCAGCUGUGACAACCGGCCCAGCAGUCAGUGUCUGGACCAGAGUGGACGAACACUGUACCGCAGUGGAACGUCUUGGAUGUACGGUUGCCAGCAGUGUCGCUGCAUGGAGGGGGAGGUCGACUGCUGGCCUUUAGUUUGUCCCGUAUUAUUGUGCGAGUACACGGCAGUGGCAGAGGGUGAGUGUUGCCCGCGCUGCGUCACAGACCCCUGCUUGGCUGACAACCUGUCGUACGACAUUCGGCAGACGUGCACAGACCCCACAGGUGUCACUCGCCUCAGCGGGGACACAUGGCAUAUGCCCAAGUCACCCUGCACUACCUGCAAGUGUAAGAAUGGGAACGUUUGCUGCUUGGUGGAUCUCGACUGCCUUCAGAACAACUGAAACUCAUUCCUCCUCUUCUUCUCACUACGGGACUUUCACACAGCCUCCUCCAUCAGACAACCUUCCCACUGGAUCCAUAAGACAGACUUGCACACAAGCGUCACAAGCGUGUGCAUGACAUUGAGUGCACAGGAAGCACGCGCUGGGCAGACUUUGGGUGUCGAAGCGGCGUGCCGCAACUCUGACAGCGAGGGAGUGUGUGUGAGACUCAGGAGAAGAUCUGAGGUCAUCGUCACACUAAGUGUUGUAUAUGUAUCUGUGUGUUUGUUUUUUAUCCCUUAAUGUCUCAAGAAGAUGUGUACAAACUCUAACAAGCAACUACAGACAAGCAGGCGGUCACGUUUCGGUGCUCCAUAAAUCUGUACUUCUCAAACAUUAGCUCACUCUGGAUUGGUCAUCUAAAGACAGGGGUGGGCACUCCUGUCAAUGGUCCCCGAGGGCCGGCCUCCUGCAAGGUUUAGAUGUAUCUCUACUUCAACACACCUGAGUCAAAUAAUGAGGUCAUUAGCAGGGCUCUGGAGAAUCUGACUGCACUUGUGAGGUGAUUCAGCUGUUGGAUUCAGGUGUGUUGGACCAGAGAGAUAUCUAAGAGUUGCGGGACACUGGCCCUCAAGGACCAGGAGGGCCCACCUCUGUC